AUGUACGUGCCAUCCGAAGCCGUGGGUUCUGAUUGCCUGAGCUACAUCCAGUACGCUUACCCACUAUACCUACACAAGAUGAUAUACGAUCAUUUGAAAGAAGAUCAAAGUUGGUACCAAAGAUUUCAUGAUAAUUAUUUCUUGUAUGCAAAUGUAAUAAUGCAACAAGCAGAGGAAAUGCUAAAGUUCAGCAACGUACUAGACCAAGAUGACAAGCAAGUGGCGCUGCGUAAUGUUCUCCUGAACAAGUUCGCUUUCUUCAAUCACAGUUUCUAUGAAGACGACAACUUCAGAGAGUACGCGGGUGAAGUGACUGACAUCAAUCCUCUUUCAUCUGUGUUUGUCAGCAAUCUGAAGCCGCUGAUAAGGUUCAAUUAUGACAAAGACGAAAAGUUGUGGAUAAUACCACAAGUUAGAGUUAGUAUUUUUGGUAGAUUCACAUCAUCAAGAACUACGCAAGUCAUGUUGAUUUGAAGUGAUUUUAUGUUUUUUUAGGAGAAUUUGUAGGCAGUUUUGAUUUAUUUUUUGUAGGUCAACGCUCUGCACUUGACAGAUACCCAUGCCAACUUCUUUGACUGGGGCAUAUUCUUGUUUGAUGCCUACGACAAAGACUUUAGUCCGUUGUUAACAUUAUCGUCAUGUGGAUUUGCAAUGUCGCAUGAAUUAGCUCACACAUUAGGUAUGAACCAGUAGUUGUAAUAAUUGUUAUGUAAGCGGUAAAUUAACUUUAGAACAUAAAAGUUAACAGAGUCAUUGACAGAAGUAUAAAGUUUAAAAUAGUUAUUAAUAAACAUUUAGGAACCGAAUUAAAAGGUGUAUCAGGUGUCUACAAACACAACAUAGACUGUUUGGUAGACUUUUAUGCUAAUCAGUGUGACCCGAUCUCUCUUUUAUGUUUGAAUCCUGUCGCAACUUUGGAGGAAAACCUUGCUGACACUGUUGGUAUGUAUAAUAUAAUUUUACAAAUUCUUAGUUGUGUUAAAACAAUGUUAAGCUUUUUUACAUAAUUUGAAAUCCUUUUCAGGAGCACGAUUAGCAUACGAUACCUACAAGAAGUGGGUAUCCAUCAAAGGUCAUGGACCUAGGCCUAGAGGACCACUGCUGGAUACCUUCUCCGACGACCAGUUGUUCUUCAUCAACUUUGCUCAAAACUUUUUGGAAACCAUCGAUUGGCAAGCAUACGACCCCGAUCACCCCACCCACCCACCCACCUCGUGA